CACCAAGCUAAGCUGUGGUCCCCCUCAUCAUCCUACACGCAGCGUUGCUGUAACUGCUAUUGGAAUGCUGGAUGAGUUUGUACCAGCAAGUCGCUGAGUGGGUGCGGCUCCCCGACCCGCCUUGCGUCAAGCCUGGACAAGUGAACCUGCCUGUGAGCGGAACCUCAACAGAAGUAUAUGAGGCACCACCGACACCCUCGUUUGAACAAAAAUGGGAACGUCAUUUCGCCUCUCACACUCCACCGGACUUUGGCCACUCCAUUCUUCACAAACUAUUCCCGACACUUGUCGGUGAUAUUACAGCCUUCGACGAGAGAGACCCCGACCUAGGACCAUCUUCCGAUGAUCUAGAGGGAAAGGCAGGGACCACGUUCACUUUUCUCGCCCACGGGUCAUAUGGGGCGACAUGCCGACCUGUUCUUGAUGUAUUGCGCAAGUGGCAAUUGAGAAUGGAGGCUAGCCCUGUGCGGUUCUUCUACGAUAUGCUGUAUCCGUAUAUUGUGAGAUCGGUGCGCCUUGUGAGCGGCCUAGUGGGUGCCCGACCAGAGGAUACUGUUCUGGUGACGAAUGUAGAAGUUGGUAUGAAUGCUGUGAUGAGAUCGCUGACAUUUGGGCCAGGCGACAAGAUAAUUGCCUUCGACCUGACUUAUACCGCCGUUUUAUAUUCUGCACAACACAUCUGUGACCGCACGGGUGCUGAGCUGUUGACCUUUCCGAUGACCUUUCCGGUAUCUCCAGAGUCAGUGGUUGCCGAUUUGCGCCGGUUUUUGGAGGGUUACGACCAGCGUCGCGGAACCAUCAGGCUCGCCAUCUUUCAGCAUAUCACCAGCCCGACUGCGAUAUUAUUGCCUGUUCGCAAGCUCAUCACGUCCUGUCGCGAGUACAAUAUUCCUGUAAUGGUUGAUGGUGCACAUUCUAUUGGACAAAUCCCGAUGAAUCUAACCGAGCUUGGUGCGGAUUUCUAUGUGACAAAUACCCACAAGUGGUUAUGCAACGCAAGAGGAUGCGCCUUAUUGUGGGUUCAUCCGCAACAUCACAGCAGAGUGUAUCCGCUGACAACCAGCUGGGGACAUCUAAACAAAGAAUCCCUUCAGGCACGAUUUAUAUGGCAGGGCACCGCGGAUUAUAGUCCCUUCUUAUCUCUUUAUAUUGCCGUAAAGUUCUACAAGUGGUUAGGAUACGACAAAGUUAUUCAGCGAAACCGGCGCCUUGCUUCCUGGUGCGCGAGCUUAUUAGCCGAAGCUUGGGGAACAGAGCCGCUGGUCGCGGUGGCGCAAAACGAUGAGGAUAGUUUGGACACAAAAGAGUCAAAGUGGGAGACAGGAAUGAUUGGGAGCAUGUGCUGCGUCAAGAUACCACCCGCUAAUACCGACAUGCAUGGAAUAAUUGAUCUUCACGACGAGCUCUUGGACAAGUUUCAGAUCGAAAUCCCAGUUUUCAGCUUUCAAGGGCACCGGUACGUACGCGUGAGCCUCCACAUGUAUAACGAUGAGAAAGACUGCCUCGCAUUAGGUAGAGCCGUGCUCAUAGCAUUAGGAUACCCGACUACAUACAAUGGCUACAUAUUAUUAGAUAAAAAGGAGCAUGCUUUAUCAAAAGAAUAGAAAACAUUUAUGCCUUUUUCGUUAGGCUGCCG